AGUUCGCUAACACGUGAUCCAGUGAGCUGGGCUCUACCCUGUGAGCAGCCCAGCCCAGCCCAGCCCAGCAGCGCAGCCCAGGGCCCAGCUCGGGCCAGUGCAGCCUUCCUGGCCUCAGAACCCAGCGGGUGCGGGCGCCGGACAAGCGUGACCUCGUCUGCGGGGAGCUGUGCGGGGAGGAGCCGCCUGGAGGCGGCACUCUCAGUCCGGGUGCGAGGGAAGCUGCUGACUGCGUGAGGAACAUGGUGAAACUGAUUCACACACUGGCGGACCACGGUGAUGACGUCAGCUGCUGCGCCUUCUCCUCUGCCCUUCUGGCCACCUGCUCCUUGGACAAGAGCAUCCGCCUGUACUCCCUAAGUGACUUUGCUGAACUGCCGCACUCACCACUGAAGUUUCACACCUAUGCCGUCCACUGCUGCUGUUUUUCGCCCUCGGGACACGUUUUGGCGUCGUGCUCAACGGAUGGUACCACGGUGUUGUGGGACGCGCACAGCGGACACACCCUGACCGUGUUAGAGCAGCCGGGGGGCAGCCCUGUGCGCGUUUGCUGCUUUUCCCCAGAUUCCGCCUACCUGGCAUCAGGGGCUGCCGAUGGAUCUGUUGUUUUGUGGAAUGCACAGUCAUACAAACUAUAUAGGUGUGGUAGUGUCAAGGAUAGCUCAUUGGUGGCCUGUGCAUUUUCUCCUGGUGGAGGCCUCUUUGUCACUGGCUCCUCUGGUGGGGACUUGACAGUGUGGGAUGACAGAAUGAGGUGUCUGCACAGCGAGAAGGCGCACGAUCUCGGGAUCACCUGCUGCAGCUUUUCGCCACAGCCUCUCUCUGGUGGAGAGCAAGGCCUCCAGCUUUACCGAUUGGCGUCGUGUGGUCAAGACUGUGAAAUCAAACUCUGGGUUGUUUCUUUUAACCAUGUCUUAGGCUUUGAAUUAAAAUAUAGAAGUACACUAAGUGGGCACUGUGCCCCUGUUCUGGCCUGUGCUUUUUCCCAUGAUGGACAGAUGCUUGCAUCUGGGUCAGUGGAUAAGUCUGUCAUCAUAUAUGGUGUUGGUACUCAGAGUGUGCUGCACACGCUGACUCAGCAUACCAGGUAUGUUACAACUUGUGCGUUUGCACCCAACACUCUCUUACUUGCUACUGGUUCGAUGGACAAGACAGUGAACAUAUGGCAGUUUGACCUGGAAACACCUUGCCAAGGGAGCAUGAAUGAUCAGCUGAAACAUUUCGUUGAAGACUGGUCAGAGGAGGAUGUCUCAAUAUGGCUUCAUGCUCAAGGCUUGGAAGACCUCGUUGGUAUUUUCCGGGUCAACAACAUCGAUGGGAAAGAACUAUUGCACCUCACAAAGGAAAGUCUGGCUGGUGAUUUGAAAAUUGAGUCUCUAGGGCUGCGCAGCAAAGUCCUGAGGAGUAUUGACGAGCUCAAGGCCAAGAUGGAUCCCCUGUCUUCCGGAAUCCCCGAUGAGUUCAUCUGCCCAAUAACCAGAGAACUCAUGAAGGACCCCGUCAUCGCAUCAGAUGGCUACUCCUACGAGAGAGACGCAAUGGAAAGCUGGAUCCACAAAAAGAAGCGCACAAGCCCCAUGACAAAUUUGACUCUUCCCUCACUGGUACUGACCCCAAACAGGACUCUGAAAAUGACCAUCAAUCGAUGGCUGGAGACGCAUCAGAAGUGAACCUGUUCACAGGCAUCGAUACAGUUUCAGUGAUGCCCUUCAGAUGAUCCAAAAUGCUAAGCGGCCAUUACAAAGGCAAAAUAAAAGGAAAAGACAAAUGUUAAAUUCAGUUACUUUUAAAAACUAAGUUAUGAGCAGGGUGGUGGUGGUACACACCUUUAAUCCUAGCACUCAGGAGACAGAGGCAGGUGGAUCUCUGUGAGUUCCAGGCCAGCCUGAUCUAUAGGGCUCUUUCAGGACAGCCAAGGCUAUACAGAGAAAAAAAAAGUCAAUUAUCUUUAAAACACAGAUUUAUAUAGCUAUUGUCAUUGCUAUUUCUGUAAAGGUGAAAAUAUUUUUUUUUUUUUUUUUUUUUGCAAAAUGAGAAAAUGUGUAGAAAUAAAACUUUACUAUGACUUU